AUGCGCAAAUCUACUCUAUUAAGCCAUCACGCACUCGUCGCCACAAGGAUUGACCACCCGAUCUCCUAUUUGGGACGGUUGGGCGGUAACCAACAGGAAGAGGAAAAAGCUAGUGAUAGUGAAAUACGCAAUCCAAAGCUGCUAAAUAUUAGGAUAAAGGCUACGAAAAGAUCUUACAAGAGUGAAACCAACGAUGCAAAAAUUCAUUGGGUUAAUGGGGAUGAUCUCUGUAAGGCCAAGUGCCAAGGAGGACUGGGCUUUCGAGAUUUUAGAAGUUUUAAUCUUGCCCUUUUUCUCGACGCGUCUAAAGGCAUUAGGUGGCAAAUCCAUAAUGGGGUCUCUGUGGACUUCUGGGCUGACAAGUGGGUGCCUUCCUCCCCUUCUUUCUGCAUUCAAUCCCCCAACCCUCCUUGGGUUUCUACAAACAAGGUAGCUGAUUUCAUCAAUCCCCUCUCUGGUGAAUGGAGAGUUGCCAAGCUCAGACAAGUGUUAACAGAAAAUGAGGUGCAAGAUGUCAUCAGUAUUCCUAUUUCUAAGUUAGCGGGCGCAGACUCUACAAUUUGGGCUCUACAUGAUAUUGGUAAUUACUCGGUUAAAAGGGAAUACCACAAGGCUUGGAAUGAUUACAUUGCCUCUAGACCUGAUCGGCCCUCUUCUUCCACUGCAUAUCGCAAUAGGCUGGCUUCCAAGGAGAAUCUUAUGCAGAGGAAGUGUGCAGUGUCUCCAUUUUGUCAAAGGUGUGGGAAAGCUGUUGAAUCAUGCGAACACAUUCUUUUUCUCUGUAAAUGGGCAAAGAAAGUAUGGUUCGCUAGCCCUCUUGCUGCUGGCUUCUUCCUUAAUAGUAUUGGAUCAGUUGGGGGCUGGUCCAUGAACGUUAAAGAGCAAAUCGAUGGGGGCAUUUUGGAGUCUGAUUUUCUUGCGAAGGCCAUCUUCCUUGAGUGGUAUAUUUGGAAGGCUAGGAAUGAACUGGUGUUCCAAUCUGUGAGGACAGCCUCCUCCUCCCUCCUUAGCUAUUGCCCGCUGGACUCCCCCUACGGUGGGUCCCUUAAAUUCAAUUGUGAUGCUUCUUGGUAUUGUGGACACAGUAGAGGUUGGGGUGGUAUUAUUCUGAGAGACUCCCGUGGUCCUCUCAUUGAUGGAAGGAGAUUUCAGAUCUCAACUAAUUCGGCUUUCCUUGCAGAGGCCUCUGUCAUAAGAGAAGCAUGCCUCUUCGCCAAAGCCAUGGACAUAAACUCUACUACUAUCGAGAAUGACAAUGCCCAGCUCAUCUCUUUGAGCGUCUCUGAGCUAGUUCCUACCUGCGAAGUUAUGGCUAUUAUUUCUGAUAUUCGCUCGCUUGCUGCAGAAUUGAUUGGACAAUCGAGACAGGAGCUUUCGAUGGAUUCCAGAGACCGACUUUGCAAAAAUCCACAUGAACCAGCAGCUUUCGAUGGAUGCCAGAUCGAUUGUUCGGUUGACCGACUGUACUCCUGA